AUGGAAACGCGUCAACAGCUUCUACAAGAUGACCCCAACUUCGCCAUUGACCUGCUCAACUGUGAAGUUAUGGACUUGACUCCUGAAAAUCUCACUAACGUAUCAUUUGAAUAUCAUUCCCAGGAUCGGGAACUUGAAAAUCUCAGAAGGGCUCGAAGGUUGACAAGAACCAGUUCUGUAGAAGCGGAUGUGAGUUCUCUCCCAAUGACAGAAGCGGAUUACGAUUUAGAUCUCAAUAUUGAGUUUGAGCCGAUCGACGAAGAGCUCAAUUUUACAUUUGGUGGAGAUUUGACAAUGGAGCAUCAUUUUGAUACAGCCAGGGCUGUUGAUCCUCUCAUUGUGAAUGAACCUGAGAAUAUUCCGGCGAAGCCAAUGGCACCCUCCAAGCGGAGAAGGGUAGGACUCACGUUCGAUAAGUCUAUUUACUUGUCUUUUGAGGAUCUGAGACACACCCGAGUAAAUUAUGUUAAUCUAAUGGUUGACAUUGCUAAGCGGAAGAUGCCAAAAUUGACUGAUAUAAAAAUCAACCAGAUCUUGGGGCAGCUUAAUCAGCUUCCGCAAUUUGAGUUACCUCAACGUCCAGCGUUGUUGCUCGAUUCGACAGUAUCUUCUGAAGUUGAAAAUGCCAGAAGACUUAGACGCAGUUCCACACAAUCAAGUACUACUACUGACACAUUGCACGUCGAGCUUCCCGAGUUUGAAUUGCAAGGACCAGGGAUUGAUCUUGAUCCAUUUACACCCAGUUUUGAUCUGGUUUCUGAGCUUGUGAGAAACAGGGAUUCUUCUACUACAUCAUCCAGAUCAAGCUCACGAGCUCCGAGGGGACGAUUUGAUACUUUGGAAGAGGCCAUUGAUGAGGACUCAUAUACUGAGGACAACCCAAUUUUGCACAGCAUGGAGCCCAACGCCAGAAAUCUGUAUCGACACAUAGCCAAACGCGCGAACGAGGGAACCAUUACUUUGCGACAAAUUCUGCCCUCCCGGUGUUCCAGAAAGGUUGCAGUUACAACAUUGAGUGGUGUCUUGCUUCUUGCAACCAAAGGACUGGUGUAUAUAGGCCAGUCAUCUUCAUUUCAGUUGGAAAAUGCAGAGAACAUUGUCAUUGGCUUUGCGGCGCAAUUUUGA